GCUGGUGGAGGCAAAAAGGGGUGACUGCAUCUGACAGAAAAUGCAGAAAGGAGUCUUGCUGUCCUUUGAGGAUGAACUUGCUGUUGCAGCCACAGGUUUAUUUAUGUUUCUCUGUCAACUGCUUUGAGCACUUGCUUUGUCAACUGCUUUGAGUAGUAGGAACUUCAUGGACUAGACUCGAGCCUGUUGCUGUCAGAACAUGGUGAUGAGUUUCCGGGUCUCGGACCUCCAGGUGUUGUUGGGCUUCGUCGGCCGGAGUAAGAGCGGUCUGAAACACGAACUGGUAACGCGGGCCCUGCAGCUGGUCCAGUUUGACUGUAGCCCGGAACUGUUCAAGAAGAUCAAGGAGAUCUACGAGAUGCGCUACGCCAAGCUUUCGGAGCCGGUCCAGCCGUCGUCCCAGCAGCCCCCGCAGCACCGGCCCCCCUCGGAAGCCCUCUCCCUCCAUUCCUCCUUCGACCGCGGCAGCGCGGCCGCCAGGACUGCUCUCUCCACGCCCAACAUUGACUAUCCUGCCUUGUAUGGGAAAUACUUAAAUGGACUCGGGCGGUUGCCCCUCAAGCCAGUGAAGCCCGAAGUCCGGCUGGUGAAGCUCCCUUUCUACACCAUCCUGGACGAACUGUUGAAGCCCACUGAGCUUGCCCCCCAGAACAACGAGAAGCUGCAGGAGAGUCCGUGUGUCUUCGCGCUGACGCCGAGGCAAGUGGAGCUGAUCAGAAAUUCCAGAGAAUUGCAGCCAGGUGUGAAAUCGGUCCAGGUUGUCCUCAGAAUCUGUUACACAGAUACAAGUUGCCCUCAGGAAGACCAGUAUCCCCCAAACAUUGCUGUGAGAGUGAAUCAUAGUUACUGUUCCGUCCCGGGAUACUACCCCUCCAAUAAGCCCGGCGUGGAGCCCAAGCGGCCUUGUCGUCCCAUCAACCUCACCCAUCUCAUGUAUCUGUCUUCGGCGACCAACCGCAUCACUGUCAUUUGGGGCAAUUAUGGAAAGAGCUACUCCGUGGGCCUCUACCUUGUGCGACAGAUGACCUCGACAGAGCUGCUGCAGAGGUUGAAAACGAUCGGUAUUAAGCACCCGGAGCUCUGCAAAGCACUGGUCAAAGAGAAACUGCGCCUGGAUCCGGAAAGUGAAAUAGCCACCACUGGUGUCCGGGUGUCUCUCAUAUGCCCGCUGGUAAAGAUGCGUUUGUCGGUGCCGUGUCGGGCUGAGAGCUGUGCCCACUUGCAGUGCUUCGAUGCCGUCUUCUAUCUCCAGAUGAAUGAGAAGAAGCCCACAUGGAUGUGUCCGGUGUGCGACAAACCGGCCACUUAUGACCAGCUAAUGAUUGACGGGCUCCUGUCAAAGAUCUUAACAGAAUGUGAGGAUGCAGAUGAGAUCGAAUAUUUGGUGGAUGGUUCCUGGUGCCCGAUCAAAGCGGAGAAGGAGAGAAGUUACAGCCCUCAGUGCCCGAUUCUAGUUGUAGGGGGAUCCCCAGAUGUAAAUGGGGUGUCACCCCCUGCCCCCAGUACGAACGGGGAGAAUGGCAAGGUCCCUGCCAAUGUGGUGGAUUUGACACUGGACAGCUCGUCUUCUGAGGAAGAGGAUGACAAGGAGGAGGAGGAGGAGGAAGAGGAGGAUGACGAAGAUGGUGGACCCAGAAGGAAAUUUCCCCGCCUAUACAAGAAGGGCUUGGCUUCUGCCUGUUGACUGCAGAAGGCGCUUCGAGACCUCUGAGUGGAAAAGCUUGAAUACUCUGGUGCUUACUCAGAUGCAGGAAGAGGGGCAUUUUCUCCCCCCAUGGGUUUUUUUCAUGGCUGGGCUGGGAGGUGUCUGGACCCCAGCAAGAUUUCAUGUUAGGUUUUUCUGUUCCAUGGGCACGUGUGGAAAUAGGGUGGGUGGGGAGAGAGGAAACCGAAAAAAAGAGAGAAAAACCGAAAUAAUUGGAAUCACUUGGUGUCUCCAGCAGCUCGGAGAACCUUGGAUAAACCAGUGGGAACCCUUUUUAGCCUCUUCUUUAAAAAAAAAGAAGUAGAUUUCUUGCAUAGCAGUUCCCUUUUUUUUUUAAUUGAACAGAAGCCAUUGUGGGGUGGGGUGGGGGAGGGGGUAUGGGGAGGUCAGAAUGUGGGAAGGGCUCAAACCACAAAUCGGUCUGGUUUUUUUUUGAAGUGCAAUAACUUGGUGUGUUUUGGAAGAUGGAACAGCCUGAGAAUUCCCCUCUUUCGCCAAAGGCUUCAUCUCGAGCCAGGCACGUUGGGCCAUGGAGUGGCUUUUUCGGGGAGGGGGAGGAAUGAAGGGAGGGGAGGGGGUGAUGGGCCUUCCAGAACAAAAAUGACAUGUGGAGGAACUUUUUUUUCGGUUUCUAGUCAACUACCUCGGUAAAAACCCCAAUUCAGGUGUAGUUCAGUAGUGGGAAUGGGGUGCGGUGCGGCGUGCGAGUGACAGCCUGCCUGGACUUCCGGCUGCUCUGAUACUUCUCCUCUCUGUUCCGUGGCGUGCGCAUGCGUGCGCUUGUGUUCGUGGACCCUUUUAAUAUUGCCCUCCCCCCUCUUUUUUUUUGCUCCGCCUGGCCUCGCCAAACUUGCCUGCAUCUGCUGUGGACUUUCUCGCUGGCGAGGGAGGUAUAGCUCGCCCGCUGUGGAUGUCCAAGAGAAAAUGGGGGUGGUGGGAUCAGUCAGUUGAGUGGCCAGGCAAAUAGGGCUCAGGUGUGUAGUGUGGUGAAAGCCAUCCUUGCGGGCGUUGCUUUCAACCUUCCCAAUGGACAAGGAUAUUUGGUCCCCCUCACCCUUCCCUUCCUGGUUCCUUCCAUAUGGCUGCUGCUUGGUGCUCCUUCUCGGGCAUAGUCUGGCUGCACAAACUUGGACCAUCAAGUGGUGUUGCUUUCUCCCCCCCCAAUCUUAAUGUGUUUGAGGUGCCCCCCCAGAAAAGGAAAGUGGGGGGAAAGCUGGAGAGAAUGUACAGCCCUCAGUUAAAACAAAACCAACAGCAGUGCUUCCUGGAGUGCUGCGUUUUCAAAGGAAAGGAGAAAUACACUCUCUUUAAAGGACAACACACACACACACCCCACGGCAACUUGUGAGAGGCAGAUGAGCGCUAAACCAAUAGAGGCACCUAAUAAUUCUUGCCCCACUUUAGAGAGCACCUUGUGCAGCCCCACAUGCGGGGGGGGGGUAGUCUUCUCCAGAGAUGGAUGCCAUCCUUCAGAGGCAACUUCUCCUGGCAGUUCCAAAGUCGGAGAAGCCCACCCAGCCCGGCCUCCUGCUGUUGGAAGAGACCGGACCCCUUCGAGCAGCUGGAGAAGAGCCCCCGCUUACAAGCUCCACUGGGGCCUGGCAGACACCCUCUGCUUUUCCUUUUCCCUCGAAACCUGCUGAGGGACCAUCACAGAGCCCCUGGGAUGUUGUGCAGCCACAAGUCAUGGAAAGCCAGAGAGGGGCGACGACUGUCCCCUCCCUUCUGUGGAAGCCCACGUGGGGAGGUGGAAGAUGGAGGGAGAUGGGCCUCCAACUGUCUUGGCUCUUCCAUCCCCCCCCCCCCAAUUUCUGUUCCCACAGUAACUAAUUUUUUUUUAAGGUCAAUCUAACAUCUCAAAAUUAAGCAAUAGUUUGCAGUUUUUAAAACACACAUUCUUCAGAUCCAUGUAGAGUUUGCAGUGAACUUUUAUUGUAUAGACUGCAGCUUGCAUCUUCAGCCGCGCAGUAGCAGUAGGGUUCUUCCCCUCUCUCUCUACUCCCCACCUCCUUCAACAUUUGUAUUCUAAUUUAAUUGCCUGUUUUAAAUUUUAUUUUGGACUCUCUCCCUCCCCCCGCUCCCCUUCAAAGCCAAGCCACUGCUGUUUAUUGAGACUGCUUCAAUUUAUUUCCUUUUCCCCCCAUCUGGUCAGCUUUCCAUUCUGUACAUAUUUUACUUAUCUUCCCCCCCCCCUUUUUUGUAAAGAAAGAUUAUUUUUCUUUCCUUCAAUACACAUUGUUCAGAAUUCAAGAUUAUAGUGUUUGUUAAAUAAAUAAAAUGAAAGAUUUCAAUUUAA